GAGACAUAGUUCCAUUCAUUCACUCGACAAGCGUUUAUGCCAGCCAGGGCACUGACAGUACAGGAGUGACCAAGACAGAAGGUCACUGCCCUCUUGGGCAAGGCAGUGGGGAACAUGGAUAAAACAGUCACACACAUAAGUGCAAAAUUAAAAUAAUUACAGCUUCACAAGUGAAAGGAAGAAGCCCUACGCCCUGAGCGCAAAGGCUAGAGGUCAGCCGAGCCGGCCUAGGUGCCACUUCUGCAGGCCUGCCCGGUACAUCCGUCCAUCCAUCCACCGAGCUGUGGGCGUCCUUGCGGCGGCCCCAGGACCCUGCAGCGCUCGCCGUUCUCCCUCCGGGGCGGCAGGGGGCGGUGCGGCGCGGCCUGCCGCUAUCCCGACAGUCCUCGCGCGAGCGCGCGGCUUUGAGCGCGCGGAAGAGCCGGCGCGCGAGGCCGGGCCGACGGGUGAAGGGGACUCGUGCGCCAGAUGCUGCCAUGCCCGGGGACAACCGCCGCAUCCGCGGGCCCGAGGAGUCGCAGCCGCCGCAGUUGUACGCGACCGACGAGGACGAGGUGCCGGCCGCUCGCGACCCGACGCGGCUCCGGCCUGUGUACGCGCGCGCCGGGCUGUUGAGCCAGGCCAAGGGCUCGGCCUACCUGGAAGCGGGAGGCACCAAGGUGCUGUGCGCAGUGUCCGGCCCACGCCAGGUAGAGGGCGGUGAGCGCGGUGGCGGCCCGGCCGGAGCGGGCGGCGAGACCCCGGCCGCGCUGCGGGGCCGCCUGCUCUGCGACUUCCGCCGCGCGCCCUUCUCGGGCCGCCGGCGCCGCGCUCCCCCGGGUGGCAGCGAGGAGCGUGAGCUGGCGCUGGCGCUGCAGGAGGCGCUCGAGCCGGCCGUGCGCCUGGGCCGCUACCCGCGCGCGCAGCUCGAGGUGUCGGCGCUGCUGCUCGAGGACGGCGGCUCGGCUCUGGCCGCCGCGCUCACGGCUGCCGCGAUCGCCCUGGCCGACGCGGGCAUCGAGAUGUACGACCUGGUGGUGGGCUGCGGCUUAAGCCGCGCGCCGGGGCCGGAGCCCACCUGGCUGCUGGACCCCACGCUGCUAGAGGAGGAACGCGCCGCCGCCGGCCUCACCGUGGCGCUUAUGCCGGUGCUCAACCAGGUGGCCGGGCUGCUGGGCAGCGGGGAGGGCGGCCCGACCGAGAGCUGGGCGGAGGCCGUGCGCCUGGGUCUCGAGGGCUGCCAGCGCCUCUACCCCGUUUUGCAGCAGUGCUUAGUACGGGCCGCCCGCCGGAGGGGCGCCGCCACGCCGCCUUGAAGCAGAACCCUGAGCAAGGACGGACGCCGAGGACAGCUGCCGCUGUCCCCGAAAGGACCUGCGCCGUCGGCUUGCAGACUGCGUGCGCCAAGCUGAGAACUCGGAGCACGGGAGAGGAUCUAGGGAGGCGUGCUCAGAACUGAUGCACUGGACAGCUGUAUUGGGAUGAUAUUUUAAAAAACUGUUCCGUUAAAGGAACUUUUCGAAUUGAGUUGGCUCCCAGCCACGACUCAGGUGAAGAAACCUGCGAAUGCAGCUUGACCCCCCCCCCCCCAGUUGGAAAGGACUUCAGCUGGACUUACCUGGAAAGUGGAACCUGGAGCUAGUGUCUCGUAAGGGAUGGACCCUAUGCAGGCCAGCUAGUGACCCCCUCCUAUAUUAUUGGGCUGCUUUUGAGAGAAUGGACAAGGGGCCUGUGCUUUCCCACUUAAUAUCUGAGCUAAAACAAAAACUCUUUCAUAUCUGAAAAAUUCUGUUGUUCUUGAUACAGGAUUUAAGAGAGCAAGGCUCUUCCGAGCUGGGUAGUGUGUUCUUGGACUCCUGGUGUCAAGGGCUUGGGACAGCAUUAUAUGUGUCCUGGAUCCCUCAUCUAGUCUUGGCUACUGGGAGAGGGCACUUGAAUUGCCAGGAGUGAGAGUUUCUGGAUGUUGGAGAUGGAGUCUGGCGAUUUUGUAGGGCAGAGCUGGCCUGUCUGACCACAAGGGUAAGAUCUUCCCUUUGUGGCUCCUGAGCCCUGCAGGUUUGUGCUCAGGUCUAAUUUGGAGAAAAGCAGGGCAGCUUGGUGCCCUUUCUGCCCUGGCUUGGUGUGAGCUUCUGAGCUUGUGUGUCUCGGGCCUGCUCAGCUUCUCUAGGAAGGGUUGGCCUGGGACAGCCAAAGGGCCAGAAUAAGGCUUGGAGACCACACGGAGAACCCCUGAUCAAGAGGAAAAAAAUAUAAAUUUUAUUUCCCCCCAGUGACAUAAUACAUAUUUCCAAAGCAGAUCUGAAAUACAUGGUAUCACAUCAGCAAGAAACAAGAUAGAAAUGACACAAAAAGGAUACCCCUAUUGACACCCAGACAGGACUGGGGGCUUUGAGAGGGAGAAGAGCCGCUGGAACAGUACCUGCAGUCAGAGAGGGCUGAUGGUGCUCCCAGGUGGGCCCGUCCAGCUGCCCCUUCGACGAGUGGGCCUCAGCUUUCUAAGAAUGGUGAGCUGGUGCUGGGCAGUUGCAGCCUCUUCCUUUCCCUGCCAGUCCCCAGACUGUCAUCUGGAAACAUGACCAAAGCUAAAGCCAGCACUUGGGGGGAGGCUUCCUGGAUGGUCUGGCUGAGCCGUGCCUCCAUUUCUGUUGCCCUUGCUCCAGAAUGGGUUGCAUGGGUGCCACUGAGAGGCCUUUGGAAAAUCACUCAAGGCAAGGAAAGGAACCACUAGGGAAGGUGCCUGGAGCUGAUGAGCCUGGAGGGGUUACAACCUUCUAAUGGCUGUCUUCCUGGUCUGCUGCAUGAUUCUUCACCUGUAGGAGAAGCAGAAGCAGGACUCUAGCCCCAAGGGCUGAGAGGUGUGGAAUGGCUGGGAAAGGGAGGGCCAUCUGCUAACAACUCCCAGUCUCUCACCCCCACCUCCCUUUCUUGGCAGCUUUGACAUCUCAGUGCUACUGUAGAUUCUUCCUGAGACUUGGGAACGGACCCAGGACCGCCAGACAGAAGAAGGCAUUUUCUGCACCUACCCCAGUCUUUUCCUAGAUGUGAUACAGUCUUGGGCAGCAGUAAGUGUCCCCUGGAGCCCACAGGCCAGAGCUAGGCAAGUGGAGGAGAGGAAGCUCCUCACUACUAGCCCCAGCCUUGCUGAGAUGGCCCUAGCAACAGUAGGGGCUUGGCCCAUCUCAGGGACCACCAAUAGGAGAGGAGGAAAUGGUAGGGCAGGGAACAUUUGGGCCCUUUGAAGCUGCACAAAAGGCUGUUAUCAGAUCCAGGUUUGGAUAUUCUCAGUCCAGGAAGGUCAGUGUGCUCCAGCUUUCCUGGGGAGUAUGGUACAAUGCAAGACAGCCCAAAGACUCUGGGGUAGCAGGUGGGCAGGGGCAGGCUUACCAGAUGGUUUUUGGGCAAGGGAUCUGGGGCUAUGGGGCACAUCUGUGAUAUUCCCUGUGCAAUGCUCAAAGCCCCCUCCCCACCCACCUUCCAGGAGGAGAUGGUAUUUCAGCCCAGAACUGGCUCAGCUGCCCAGCUGUAGCCCCUGGUCCAUUUGAGCCGACCAAGCCCAAAUCAGGAGGGGAGAAAAAACAGGGCAGGGCCCCAUCUUCUCCUGGGCAUUGGCUGUGAUGGAGGUCGGACGCCUCCCCGCAACCACCAUUGUGGUCUCCCACGCAAACCCAAGUCCCUCCUUUGCUCACAGAGAGGCCACAAGGAGGGUGAGAAUGGGGGGAGGUGCCAGGCUACUCACUGCCUCCUCCAGGUCUGUGUUCUGGAAGCUGUCCGCCUCUGGAUGGGCCCUCUGGCCCCUGGGCUCCUGCUGGCAAUCAGUGGUUCUGCAUGAGGAGCCUUUACUUCCAGAGCCCCUGUUCUGUUCACAGUCCUCUGUCCCUGCACAGGGAGAGUCACUGGUCAGUGGCUAGAUUUGAAGGCCCCAGCUAACCCCAAAGAUGCCACUCGAUGCCCAGCACUGAUCUAGGGAAUCUAGGGCUCGAGAGGACAAGAUGGGGAUGGACUGGGACACUGCUCUGGCUCCAGACAGCUGCUGAGUGGGUGGGGGUCAUAGAACAAUCUAGAAGCCAAAAAGGUCCUCAAGCCACAGAGACACCCAGAGGGAGUAGGGGGAAGUGAACUCCAGGGAGGGUGAGGAGGAGCCCUGCACCCAGGGAAAGCUGGAGGCAGGACCCCCUGGUACCUUCAGGAGUGGGAAAACCUGGAGCCUGCUAAGGGUGUGGCCUGGGCCCACACCUGGGGGGACCUGACCUGAAAGCUGGUCCCUCUGCUGGUCCAUGCGCUCCACACUGUCCAACAGGCGGUCCACCUGGGCUUUGAUCUGGCUCAGCUCUCCCCUGAUGGAGUGCAGCUCCUCAGUCUGGACUGCUGGGAGAGGGGCCAGAGUUGGUAUCAAUCAGGUUCAGGAGGCAGAGGGCAGUGCUGCGAGGACUCCUGAACCCACCCUCACUGCUAAGGGCCUCCCAGUUCUCCCCUAGCCCUGCAGCUGAGGGCUGUGCUCCCUCACUCACGCUUUAUCUUGGGGGUCAGCUGACUGUUCCUGGGAGCCUUGUGGGGACUGAAGUUGCUCUUGACCCCCAUGCCCAUAUGGGUCCUCCGGAUCUUGAUAGGCACACGGUUGAUUAGUGGAGGGAUCCUCUGGUGUUCAUACACCCUAUGGACAGGAUGGAGAGGGAGUCAGGCCAACUAGUCCCACCUGCUUGCCCAGAGGACUGAGGGGGCAGGACCCACCUACCUGUAGGGGACAUCUUCUCUGUAUAGCUUGUAAUCCAGGUCAUAGUUGCUGUUGAAAUAGAGAUAAAUGAGGAAAGGGUCAUUGUCCAGGGCCAGAAUCCUUGCCUCGACUCCAGUUUAAUUUGGAGAAACUGAUGUAUGCAGCUUUUCCUUAGAAUCCCAGGAUUCUUCACCAUAAGAGCCCCUAGGGACUUGACCAAGGUCACUUUGGGAGACCACAGCAAACCAGCUUCCCCGUAGCUGGCCUCUGUUAGGGGCACGUUCCGGGUGCCUCCAGGUGGCAGGAGGGGGCAAUUGCCCACAGGCUUCUGGGCAGCCAGGUCUGGGCUGUCCACAGGCUCCUCUACCUGACCCAGGCACUGCUGAUCUUAUUCUGGUUCUUAGUCUGGCAAAGGAUGAAAGGGAAGAAUUAAGUCAGGGCUCAAAGCCAUGGAGAGAGCCUUUAAUCCUUGCGUGGGAAUCGCCAGGAUGCAGGGCCCAGCACUGGCAGGGCCAGACAGUCGGGGUUAAGGGCCGUGCCCAGGCCACCUUCCCUUCGCUCCAGGCCCUGGGAGAGAGGCUGAGUCUGGAAGG